AUGGGGUAUUUCGGACAAAAGCCUUUGCCGGAGCAGGUUAUAGCGGGUACCGCAGUGGCUGCUGUGGGGGAUGGGGAGGUAGGCGGGAGUGCGCAAGGGGGUAGGGGGGAGGCGCUAGGGCGUGUGUUUGUGGUGCCGGACACGUGGUGCUCAGGGCAAAGGCACAGCGGGACUGGGCAGGACGAGGAGCGGCCGUUUCAGCUGUACUAUCACACGGAGCACUGGCCGAGCAUCCAGCCCAUCAUCUUCGCCUCGGACUUCCUGCACCGCUUGGGGGCCCCUCUGGCCACCACUGCUGCGGAAAAACAGAAGCUCUCCUCGCUCCUCCGCCUCCUAGGCAUGUCAACCUACCUCCAAAUGAAACAGCAGCAGCAGCAGCAGCAGCAGCAGCAGCAGCAGCAGGGGGAGAAGGAAGAGGAGAAGGAGGAGGAGAAUGGGAGCGCAACGGUGGCGAGGGAGGGUGGGGCAGCAGCGGGUAACGUAUCAGUGGUGCAGUUUGGUCUCUUCACUCCUGUCAGUCGGGUGCAUCGCGAGAGUGCCAAUGCAACGGUGUUGGUGCGUCUGUUGGAGCCUCACCAGUUUGCAUACGAGCUCUGCUCCUCGCAGGUCCCAUAUAACAUGGCCCAUCUGGUGCGCAACUACAAGCUGAUCGCGCGGCAGAUCAUGCUGCGCAAGGUGGCGAACAAGGUGUGUGCGUCCAUGGGGUGGAACUUUGAUGCCGUGCACGUGCGCCGCGGGGACAAGCUCAACCCCACCUUGUGGCCGCACCUUGACCGCGACACACGGCCGCCCGCCUUGUUGAAAAAGCUUCCGAAGUUCAUAAAGCCGGGGCGCCACGUGUACAUAGCGUCGAACGAGCGCACACCGGGCUUCUUCAGCCCUCUCGCCUCGCUCUACAAGAUCCACGUGCUCUCCGACUACCGCCACCUCUGGGCACCGGGGAGCGACUGGUACAACAACUGCCGCGAGCUCAUGCAGCAACUCAAGAUGGACGAGACAGAGCCGGUCUUUGACACACACAUGCAGUACAUUGUUGAAGAUAUGGUGUUUGGUGAUGCCAAAAAGCGAGUGGAAACUUUCAAUGACCUUACGGAUGACCCAAGGCAUGGUGUGGAAACUGUAAUUCCUAUUUAA